UGUGGAAUGUUACAAUCCCAGAAUGAAUGAAUGGAGCUAUGUCGCAAAAAUGAACGAACCCCACUAUGGUCACGCUGGAACCGUGUACGGGGGAUUAAUGUAUAUUUCAGGGGGAAUUACCCAUGAUACUUUCCAAAAGGAACUUAUGUGUUUUGACCCUGACACAGACAAAUGGACUCAGAAAGCUCCGAUGACGACAGUCAGAGGUCUGCAUUGCAUGUGUACUGUAGGAGACAAGCUGUAUGUUAUCGGUGGAAAUCACUUUAGAGGAACGAGUGAUUAUGAUGAUGUUCUAAGCUGUGAAUAUUACUCACCAACUCUAGAUCAGUGGACUCCAAUUGCUGCCAUGUUACGUGGGCAAAGUGAUGUUGGGGUUGCUGUCUUUGAAAAUAAAAUCUAUGUUGUUGGAGGAUAUUCUUGGAAUAAUCGAUGUAUGGUGGAAAUAGUUCAGAAAUAUGAUCCUGAAAAAGAUGAGUGGCAUAAAGUAUUUGACCUUCCAGAAUCACUUGGUGGCAUUCGAGCCUGCACUCUUACUGUUUUCCCACCGGAGGACAAUACAGGGUCACCGUCUAGAGAAUCUCCUCUUUCAGCACCUUAGAAACAUCCCUUGACUUAUGAUGUUGUAGUAACACCUUUGCACUGCAUCAUGGAGUCUAUUAUUUUUCUUCAGUAGUUUCUGUUAGGCUUAGCCUACAGCAUUUCAUACAAUUACUGGAAAAAAAAGACUUUGACAUUAUUUGUGCUGUUUGUUUGGCCUAGAAUGUUUGUCAAGUGGUUAACAAAAAACAGAUGUACUCACCCGAGCCAAAUGUUUAACAAAUGAGAAGAUACUGUCUAUAAAAUGUAUGAACUAGGUACGUUAUUAAUGUUGUGUAUUGGGUGUGAGAUACCUUAUAGCCUACAUUUGGAAGCCCAAUGAGUCAAAUUUGAAGACUUUGUAUUGAACACGUUCUUUCACUAAAUUUCAUAGUUGAAAUCCUUUUAUGUGUGACUGCAGAUUACAAGGGGAGGUAGACCACAACAAUGUGAACUAAGACAGAAGGUUGCCAAGGGGCCUGAGCUACCUCCCUCUUUUACAGAGUAUUUUUGACAUAUCUCUUUACCCACCUGACUUUGUGGGUGCUUUCAGAGCAUAUGAAGUUUCUUAGGCAGAGGGGAGAAAUAAAAUAAUUUUAAAAUAUUAGUGCUAUACAGGAAGCAGACCUUGUAGAGGCCGAGACUUUUUUUACAACAUAUAUAGAGUGUUUUUCUUGAGUCGGUUGAGUAAUGCUUCAAACAAAAGAUUUAAAAUGUUUGGCUUUUUUAAUUUGGGUUUUUUUUCAGGAAGUGGCUCCCGCUUGCCUGGGAGCAAACACUAUUAACAAACGGGAAUUCGGUGCAGUUGUAUAUUCUGUUGUAUGCCUGUACUGAAUAUAGGUAGAUAAGGGCUAGAAACAUUAACUUAAGCCACUGAAUUUGACCAAAUUGUUCCAUCAGAUCAAAUUUAAUCUACGUUUUCUCCUUUGCUGUUGAGGUAACUUGCAUAAUGUGUCCUCUGUAUAGUCUCAGUUAAUAAGGUUAUUUAGCACAAAGUGCAGCUUCGGCGAGAGAGCUGCUUUUGCUCAGUGAACUUGGACUACCACGUUUUACCUUCUUUUGUUCAAUAAAACUUUUAACUGCA